AUGUCGAAACCAGGGGAUAAAAAGUUGACGAUACCGAAGUUCUCAUCGUUCAAGCCCAAGGCCCCGGCUGCACCACCUCCUUCCAGUGAAAGAGCCCGCGACCGGAAGGGGGAGAGAGAUGAGAGGCCCAAGGAGGAACGGGCCCGCCAUGAAUCUCUGCGCCAUGAUGACUUUUCAAAAACCGACUCUGAGCAUCGCCGCCAACGUCGCAAACGGAGUCGGAGUCGCGAUCACGGUCGCAGUCGUAGCCAAGAACGAGCUCUUGUCAAGAGAGUCGAGGUGGCACAGUUUCUGAAGGAAAAGCCUAUCGAUGGCAUUUUCUUCAUUGACAAAAAGGGCGACCCCUUAAUCAGAAGAUAUGGCGGUAAUGAUCGUUCUCGCGUUCCCCUGUACCGCCGCAGCGGUCGUGGGCGAGUCCUCGGCUCCGGUGGAUACUUGCACAUCCAUCGAGAUGGCCCGCAGGAGCGCUUCAGUAUUCGACAGCCGGGAGAAGGAAGCUCGACAUUGAGGGAUAGAGCGCUCUUCCAAUCCAAGACUCGUCUUGCUAAGCCGUUUCGUAUCCGCGUACGGAGCAACCCUGCCAGUAACGAUGCCCAUCUCGUCGAGGAGGAUUUUGUACCUCUAAGCAAAUCCUCGGACCGACGGCGUGCCGAGGAGCCGGGAUCAUCAGGGGAUGAGAAUACGGCGUACAGAUCGAUCAAUGGCAAGGCCAAAGCCCAUGAAUUUUCAGAUAGCGAUAUCGACUUCAAUUCAGAUGCCGAAGAUGGCGAGCUCGACGUCGGAUCCGAGGAUCCUCUGAGGCAACGAUCGAUUCAGCUUUCACGGCGAGUCAAGGAGUAUCCUGGAGACAUCGAAGCGUGGCUCGAGCUCAUCAAUCACCAAAAUGUGCUGCUCAACGCAGGUGGCAGUCUAGAUCGCGAGGCCACGAAAGCUGAGGUCCACAGCUUUGCAGAGAUCAAGAUCUCAAUGUUCGAGUCCGCGCUGUCUCAAGCAAAGAAGCCGGAAGACGAAGAAAGGCUCCUACUUGGCUUGAUGCUGGAAGCUGCACAUGUUUGGUCUCCCUCGAAGCUUGAGAGCCGCUGGGCGGAAUUGGCAAAGAAGCAUGACGACAGCUUUUGUCUGUGGAAGGCCAGAGUUGACUACAAACUUACGAAUCUGGCUGCCUUCCAAUACAACGAUAUCAAAGAUUUGCUAGUCGACCGAUUGCAGACCGUCUACAAGCAAGCCAUGGUGUCGAUGUCGCCCGGGCCGAGCUGCCUGGCGAGUAGCGCAGAGACCCAGCGCUAUGAGCAGAUGGUUUAUGUUUUCCUCAGGGCAACCAGAUUCAUGUACGAUGCUGGCUUCCGCGAACUUGCAGUCGCAUCGUGGCAGGCGCUUCUCGAACUCAACUUGCAACGACCGGCGGUUUGCGACACUAUGGCAGAACUACAGAUAAUCAGUUCGUUCAAAGACUUCUGGGAAGACGAAGCACCGAGAAUAGGAGAAGACCACGCUCUUGGCUGGAGUCACUAUGUUCAGAUGGACGGCGUUGUCGACCCUCCGGAACCACAAACAGACGAUGACAGCGUCCCCAAGUCGCGAGACGUAUACAAGUCAUGGGGCGCAACGGAGAGGCUGCGGGCAAUGAACUCUAGGAUCCCAGCGAGAGCUACGGACGAUGUCCUCGAGGAUGAUCCGUAUCGUGUCGUUAUGUUUUCUGACAUCGAGGAGUUACUGUUUGUAAUACCGUCGGAGGUCAUGCUCUCACUUUGGAAACCACUGGUUGACGCUUUCUUGCUCUUCUGCGGUUUACCCACUGCGUUUCGGACCAGCGAGUGGAUAGAAGCUGCAGAAAACGACACUAUGGUUGUGAGCGACAUGAGACUACUUGAAAAGGAUGUGCUUCAAAAGCCCAACGAACCUGAUGUGCUGGAUGAGACCAAGAGAGUCCCAAUAUUCAAGCAAGAUGCAUCUCGGUACGCGUUGUCGGCUGAUCUGCUGUUUGCCGGCUGCGGGUGGUUUUCGCCAUUUUGCGGAUGGAUCAGUACAUCCAAAGAUUCUAACGGACCCGUCACCCUAUCCGUAGUCUCCAACACUCUUGGGUUAUUGCUGAAGUCAAGAAGUCGUCAGGAGCUGGCCGAAUACUCGCUGGCCAUCGAAGUCGUCAAUGAUCCCAGCAACACCAAGAAACGCGCAAAGGCUUUCAUCAAGCAAGAUCCAACGAAUCUCAGGCUGUACAACGCUUAUGCUCUCGCCGAGGCCUCCAAUGGAAACGUAGGAAUAGGUCUCCAAGUUGUUCGUUCAGCGGCCAGCCUAAUUACUCAGACCUCCAACAGUACUGGUGGAUCGAUGUUAUGGAACACAUGGGCUUGGUUAGAACUCCAUGGUGGGAAUAAUACACAAGCUAUUGUGCGUCUAUGUGCUGCAGCGGAUCAGUCCUGGAGAAAUUCACCUGCAACCACGCCUUCUCCUUCCCAACUCCUCCAGGCAUAUCAAUCAUUGUCAGCUAGCCUUGAGCAUCAAAUAUCUAUGAAACAGCUGGAUGAAGCAACUACUACCGCCGAGAGCUUGGCAAUGCUGGCCUAUCUCACGGCGCACGAGGGAUCCGAGCCUACGUCAGAGGCACAAGGCAGUAUCUCGGCUGCGAUGGAGAGAAUAUGGACCGUAUCUUCAGAAUUGUGUGCUCAAGGUCGCGCCAAGUCUUCGACGCACGAAAGACUUCUCCAAGUCGCUGCAAGGCUACUUUACCACCAUGCAAGUCGAGGACCAUUCCGACGUGCGUAUCUGAAAGAUCAGCUCAGUCAGUGCAUUGAGCUGUUUCCACGCAACACGCUUUUCCUUAGCCUGUUUUCCUGGGCAUCGACCACGUUUGGCAUCGAUGACCCUGUUCGUGACAUACUCCGAAAAGUCGCCCUUACGAACGUCAACGAUAGUAUCAGCAACCGUGUCUUCGCGAUACGAUAUGAGUUGCAGAGAGGCAACGUGUAUUCCACGCAAGCAGCGUUUGAGCGGGCACUGGACAGCCGGACAUGCAAGUCCAAUCCCGAUCUAUGGCGAUGCUACAUCAAGUUCAGCUACGCGAGGUCGCAGCUUAGACACAAGGCAAAGGAUGUGUUUUUCCGAGGUCUGCGCCAUUGUCCCUGGUCAAAGGAGUUGGCACUCGAGGCCUAUACGACGCUUAUUAGCGUGAUGGACGAGUUUGAGCUGCGGUCUGUCUUCAACACGAUGUCAUCCAAGGGGCUGCGGAUACACGUCGAUUUAGACGAGUUCUUGGCCACGCACAAGUAG